AGUAAUAACGAUAAUGACAAUGAUGAUGAUAAUGAUAAUGAUAAUGAUAAUGGUGAUGAUAAUGAUGAUGAUGAUAAUGAUGAUAAUGAUGAUAAUAAUGAUGAUGAUGAUAAUGAUGAUAAUGAUAAUGAUAAUGAUAACGAUAAUGGUGAUAAUAAUGCUGAUGAUGAUGGUGAUGAUAAUGAUAAUAAUGAUGAUAAUAAUGAUGAUGAUGAUAAUGAUGAUAAUGAUAAUGAUGAUGAUAACGAUUGCAGUCCUUUGUGGUUAAUGUUUGUAAGAUAAUGAUGAUGACGAUGAUACAAACGAUAGUAACAAUGAAAACGAUAAUAAUUAUGAUCCAAGAACGAGAAGUCCAAGGACUACCGCAAAGCAGAUUUAA